ACUUCUUUGGUAAACAAUCGCAACGCGUAGAAAUUUACUUUCCUCUGUAAUAAACUGUUCAGUCGAAAUGAGAAAGAGGACUUCGAAGCCUUCUAAACGUUCACCAGCCGAAAGCACGCCUAUAUGUCGAAUGUGCCUAUCGACGGAUGGCGCUUUGGAGCCGAUUACUUCCGAUGAACGAGGCGCAUAUCUUUUGCAACAAAUAUUCGCCAGUACGCAGGUUGAAAUGAACAUAUUGGCCAAAUUUCCAUCGUACUUGUGUUUGGCUUGCAAAUCGCGCUUGGAUUCAUGGGAUAAGUUUCGCUGCCUAUGCGUCCUAAAAAAUGAAAAAGUCGAACGAUUUCUUAAAGAAGUGGACACACCAAAUUUGACUGCUGCCGAAAUAACUGCAAAACUUCCGAACAUAACCGAUGGCGUUAAAUCUGUGUGGAUCAAAACUGAGGUUGUCGAAGAAGAUUGUCAAUCGAAUCGAAUGGCUUCUAUUUCACAACAGAUAAGCACAUGCGACUAUUAUCGUCGCGACGAUUUGUUUGAGGCAGAGGAGGAAUCGCUGGAAACAAUUUUGAAACGGGAACCAAUGGACGAGCAACAACUACAAUUAUCGGUUGCAGAUCGGAAAGAUGAGCAUAAUAUUCUCAAGACGGAUGCUUCCGUUUUCAACCGUAAGCUUCAAGGAGAAGCUUCUAUGGCAGGAAAGACCAUUAAGUGUCAUGGCGACUCUGUAUCAAUUAAAGAUCAAAACAAUUGUUGUAUCACGCAUGGCGCCGAAGGCCCUACAUUGA